UCCACGGGCUACGCUCGUGAAAAUCAUCUCUCUCCAUGCUCCGAACCGCUAAAAAGUGCUCUCUAUUUUUUCUUUUUCCUUCAGCAAAUAAUUUAUUUAUUUCUUUAUUUUCUCUCAACCGCCUAUAACUCCCCCUCCCCCACUAUCCAUCCCUUACCAGUCUCGAUCUCAUAGCCUUACCUUUCGAUUCGAUACCCUGUAAUAACAAGAAGAAGAACAAACCCUAACUUUACGUAUUCUUUUUCUUUCAAGGUUUAGUUGGAAAUGCCGAAAGGUAACAGGGCAAGGCGUAGGAUUGCUUCUCAACAAUGCAGGCAGGCACCUUAUUCAUUACCAGGUUAUAAUCAGCAUAUUGCCACAGACCCGUGCUCAAAGAAAUGCUCCAAAAUUUUGGACAAGAAAGACUGGGAAAAUGUAACUUGUUCUGUUUGCAUGGAGUGCCCACACAAUGCUGUCCUUCUACUCUGUUCAUCUCAUGAUAAAGGUUGCCGUCCCUAUAUGUGUGGAACUAGCUUCCGCUAUUCCAACUGCCUUGACCAGUACAAGAAAGCUUACACUAAAAGUAUCUCAUCCACCAGGGCUGCUGAUAAUCCGAUUUUGGUCUCAGAUUCCAGCUGGCCUGUUGAUAAGUGUGAAGCCACAGAGCUUGCUUGCCCUUUCUGUAGGGGGCAGGUGAAAGGGUGGACUGUGGUGGAACCUGCACGGGAAUAUCUGAAUGCCAAAAGGAGAAGCUGCAUGCAGGAUGACUGCUCAUUUGUUGGGACUUACAAGGAGUUAAGGAAACACAUGAGGGCAAAUCACCCCUCAGCACAACCACGUGCAGUUGAUCCCAUUCUUGAACAGAAAUGGCGAGGGCUCGAGGGGGAGUUUGAACAUGAUGAUGUAAUCAGCACGAUUCGGUCGACAAUGCCAGGCGCAAUGGUUUUCGGAGAUUAUGUAAUAGAGGGAAGUCAUAAUGGUUUUGAUACAGAUGAAGAUGGGGGUUUCGAUGCAGAUGCUGCAGAGAGGAAUGGAGGUUUUGAUAUGGGCUUCAAUCAGAAUCUGGUGAAUGUCUUCCUACUGUGGCAUGCAUUUGGGUCAACAGGUGAUGACCACAGUAGACGGCUGAUGCAUCGGCAUUCUGAAAGGACCGACCGUCAAAUGUCUGAUGAGAGUGCUGGUAUUGAUCACUCUUCUCCAGAUGGAGGGCUGGGUUUGUCUGACGAAUGAUGACAAUGGUGAUGAUGGUGGCAUGUCACUUGUUAGCCGACUUCGUUGACAUGGCAGAAUGCUUUUGGGGCAUUCAGGGAGGAGACAUUGGCGCAGAGAAGGGGGGAUUUGAGAGGAUGAAAGAAACAUAAAAGAAAUUAACUGAAAAUUGCACGUGUUUCUCUUUCUCUUUCUGUUUCCUGGUUUCUGAUUAGAUUGGCUGGGAAAAACUUAUAGCGGAAAGAAUAACCUUUGCUUUCUAUGUAUGUAAUCUUUUUAGAUGCCAUUCCUUUAAUUACCUUCAGUCCACCUACACGGUAGACUAUGAAUAUUCUUCUGUGGAACAA